GUCCUUUGCUUUCGGGAACCCUGCAGAGAACCUGAAGCCUAGAGGUGAUGAACUUGGCAUCGACGACGAAUGCAGGGAGGAGGGAUGUGCUUUGGAGGCACUCCAGCGCCGGGGUGCUCGCCGGGUCGCUGACGAGGAAGCAAGAGGCCAGACAGAAUUGGAUCUGCAAGCCUCGCUUGGUUGCUACGAAGGAAGUGCGCCACAGUACAACCUGAACUGGGAAGCGAAUGCAAGCAACUUCUUCAAGGACUGGACCUUCGUGACGCAUGAUCCGUCUUGGGGU